AUGGAAGCAAUUCUGUCUGCGGCUACAGGUGACCUUGUUAGCAGAUUUUUCUCCUUUCUGAUAAGCAGAUAUUCGGGACUCGUAUGCUCAGAGGGGAAGCAUGUGGAUGUGGAGAGGUUGCAGCAACUCCUGCUAAGAGCUCAGAUGGUUGUCGAGGAAGCAGAUGGGCGGUACAUCACCAACUCUGGUAUGCUUCUACAACUCAAGAUGCUAGCUAGGGCUAUGUACCAUGGUUAUCAUGCUCUAGACACUUUCAAGUGCAACCAACUAAUCAACAAAGAGGGCUCUACGGAAGUGAUGAGUACUGGCUCAUUUAUGUCAUAUCUUGGCACUCCCCUCAAGCGCUUCCGUACACACGCUGGUAUAUCGGAUCACAAAGUUUGUAACAAGCAGGACCUACAAGGUGCCUUACUGAAUUUAGAGACGGUCAUCUCUAAUAUUACAGAGUUUGUUAUACUUUUGGGCGGGUGCAAACCCAUGUUUCGCAGACCCUAUGACACAUACCUUUACGUCAACAACUUCAUGUUCGGUCGUUUGACAGAGAAGCAACAAGCCAUCAACUUCUUGUUAGAACGCAACCAUCUUGGUUCUCCAUCUGUGCUUGCCAUUAUCGGUGGCUACCGAGUCGGGAAGAAAACUUUGGUCGCACAUGUAUGCAAUGAUGAGAACGUUCGUAGUCACUUCUCUUCAAUUUUGCAGCUUAGUGCAGACAACUUCUCUAGGAUAGACAAUGAAAGGGGCACAUCAGGGAGAGCAUUGGUUAUUGUUGAAUUUCUUUCAGAUGUUGAUGAUGGGGAGUGGGAACCUUUUUACCGGGCAGUGACAUCCACAAGCAUAGAAAGUAAGGUUAUAAUCAUAAGUAGGAUGGAAAGCUUGACGAGAUAUGGUACUGUGAAGCCAAUCCACCUAAGUAAAUUAUCAGAUGAGGAGUACAUCUACCUCUUCAAGACACUAGCAUUUGGAAGUGCACACAGUGAGGACUAUCCAAAGCUGACACUGUUGGCAGGAGAAUUCAUCAAAUUGUUGGAUGGGUCAUUUGUGGCAGCAUAUUCAGUUGCCAAUGGGUUGAGGACGAAUCUAAGCCUUCGAUACUGGAUUUGUAUGUUUAAGAGAUACAAGAAUGUGACAAAGAAAAACUUGUCCAUGUUUGGUGAGCAUAUUGCAGACCGUUUCAAAAGAAAUUGUCCAGUCGACUUCACCAACUUUCUUCCUUCUCCCGCUGCUCCGCUAUACCUUAUGCCUCCUCAGACUGAAGCUGAGGUUCCCGAAAGGAGACUGCCCAAGAUUAAGAUUAGAGACAUCAUUGACAAUCCCUCUGUUCGUCCCAAGGGUGACUUUGUAUUAGUGACAUGGGAAUCUAGGAUACCCCCAUAUAAUGAGUACAGUUACUAUGUCCCAUCUUGUGCUCAGUCGCAACCUAAAACAACCAUGAGGAGGAAGCGUGAAGCAACUAUUUCUCUCUAG